CAUCGCGGCAAGGCGACGAAGAAACACCGUCGGGGUGGGCUCACCUCACCCGGCAUCCUGUACCGAGGGAUCGGGGGCACCGUCUUACCGGACGACAUCGUGGAGGGCCUCACGCGGUUCCGCCAGCCGGUGAAGAAGGGAGCAAGGAUCGACGUGUGGUGGCUGUACGACGACGGGGGGCUCACCAUCCUCAUCCCGUACAUCCUGACUCAGAGGAGGCAGUUCUCUUCAGCCUCCCUCCGGGUCUUCUCCCUCGCUUCCUCCAGGGGGGAACUCGAAUACGAGCAGAGAAGCAUGGCGGCGCUGCUUAGCAAGUUCCGGAUCGACUGCAGCGACGUCGUCGUCAUUCCCGACGUCCAGAAGAAGGCCGGAGACGACACGCGGGGGGACUUCGACGCUCUCAUCGAGCCUUUCAAGGAGAAAGCCGACGAAUCCCGGGGAGAAGGUUUCUACAUUCCGAACGAAGAGCACCUGACCAACAAGGACAAGACGAAUCGGCAGUUGAGGCUACGCGAACUGCUUCUCGAACACUCCCUCGACGCCUCCUUCGUCAUCAUGACCCUGCCGAUGCCUCGAAAGGGGAUGGUGUCGGCCCCGCUGUACAUGGCCUGGCUGGAGACGCUGACCAAGGACAUGCCUCCGUUCCUCCUCGUCAGGGGGAAUCAGACCUCCGUCCUCACCUUCUACUCGUGAAUUUGCGGCCUCCCGCCCGCUCGGUCCUCUCCCUCGUCGGUGCUCGUGUCGCCUCCUUUUCCGCACGUCGUGUCGUCUGCCGCGUCGACGCUCGCGGAUGUCGACUUUCAGUUCGGACUUUCGAAUCUCCAUUUUUUAAAGAUCUUCUCUCUCGAAUUUGAGAAUUCCAGGAUGGGCAUUUUACAAAUGCCAUCUCCGAAUCGAUUCUUCGAUUCGCGAAUCCGUUCCCACUCGUUUCCUCACGGUCGAUCGUUGCCACGCGAACCUCUACAUAUCGAGACUAAUCGUCGGAAUCGAUAUUUUUUAUAGGCACUCUUGCACGUUGAAAGGUCUCUGCGGCAUGGAAAUCGCUCGCGAAAGCAUGCGACAAUAAAGCACACACGUUGAAAGGAUUCCGGGG